GUGGAUGCGUGUGCACCCGAACAUGGUGACGGCGAAUAGAGUCCAACCGUGGUUAGGCGGUCCUCGGAAGUAAAGGCAGAGAGGCUAUACGGUCCUCCAGAAAGAAUCAUAGCCGGCCAUGUCUCCUGGUCAACCGGAAGUUUCGGGUACGAAUACCUCUUAAACCGACAAUUCAAAGACGAUGAAAAAGGUAACGGAGAUCCAGACGACACAUAGACAAAUUCUUCUUUCCAAUUGGCUUCGUUGCUACGAGUGACCUUCCACAUGUCAAAGUGGUUGCGCUGAGAGAUAGACACCCAGGACAGACUAUCAGAUGCCGAGCACUGCCCAGCUCGGAACAUGUGCUUGAAGAGGUCUAGGGACGGUUCAAUCCCAAGUGUCUUACACCGGACCAGGAAAGCUACCAGAUACUGAUAACCGAGCGGAGUCAAGUGACAAGGUGAAAUUUCAAGAUCAUUUAAAAACUCGAUAAUCAAAGGGUGUGUGGGAAAGCGGAAUCCUAAUUUUAUGGAAAGAAUAUGCACCCCGAAAAAGUGACCCUUAGGAGGAUCGGUUACAAUAUCCUCCGAAUCUGGACAUCGGACAGUCACUGUGGACGGAAAAAAUUUCUUAUACUUUUGAAACUUGGAAACUGAGAGGCGCGACCUGUAGUGUAAGAUGGGGCUCGGGUCUAAGGGUGGAUACGGACCACGGUAGCGACGUUUUGGUGGUUUGACUGAAGCGGCUCGUGGCUUUAUGGGACUAAUUUCUUCAACAUCAGAAUUAACAUCUGCCCAGGGAUGAGGAAAAUUCUCCAACACUAAUUCCCCGUCACCACUGAACAAUUCAUCAGAGUCUAUGGAGUCCAGUACAUCCAUAAGGACCUCACUUUGAAGAUGUUGAUUGGAGUGGGUGAACGUCGUGGCGGGGUCUAUUAUUUAUGUGGAGCUGAAUCUGUGCAGGCUUCCCAUGUGGCUGGUGGCACAGGAGAAUUAUGGCAUAAAAGAAUGGGGCAUCCUUCAUCUCGGGUGAUACAACUACUUUCUGUUGGUCAAAAUAAAGUUGCCGUUCGUAGUGAUUUUAAUAAAAGUUGUGAUAUUUGUGCUAGAGCAAAACAGACACGUGAAAUAUUUAAUCCUAGUUUGAAUCGUGCACUGCGUAUUUUCGAACUUAUUCAUUGUGAUGUGUGGGGCCC